UACACUUAACGCCGCUACGAUAGUCUUUGUCGAGGCAAACUCUUUAGGCGUUUUUAUUUUUCCACAAUUACAUCCCAAAGCCAGCAGGUAUGUAGAUAAAGCCAAGAUGUUACUUUAGACUUUGUUGCGUCCAGCCAAGUGUGAAGAAAACGGAGGAAGGGCGCAGAAGGCAAAACUCUGGCACGGCGACUCUGGAGUUUCAACUCAAGGCACAACUUCUGAGCGCCAGACGCACAUCUGCAUCAAGCGAGAAAAUACUUCACUUUCGAGGAGAAGAGGAAAGAAAAACUUCACAACUGGAGGGAAAGGCACCUUCGUACACGUGUCCCGUCUUGAUGAGGUGCUGAGGAAUGCACAGUUGCCAUGGAAACCCAGUCCCAGGCCAGUUCUGCAGCUGAGAAGAAGAAGAGGGUGGAGACCAUCGUGGCGACCAAGGGCGCGUCCUCACGCAGCGACAUCAGUGAGAAGGCCGUCGCCUCCAGCACCACCUCCAACGAUGAGAGUUCGGGGCCCACGUAUCACCACCGCGAGCGGCGCAACGCCAUCAGCACCCAGAGUCCCGUGGCCGGCACGGCGCCGGGCAAGCUGAGCGAGGAGCCGUCCACCUCCACGGAGGAGCGCCCCCAGCAUGUCAAGAAGGAGCUGUCCAGCGCGCUGCCCCACCUGCACGACCACCCCCUGCCGUACCGCGGGACGCUCUUCGCCAUGGACCCCCGCAACGGCUACCUGGACUCCCCCUACACCCCUCCUCACUUUUUCCCAGCCUUCCAUCCUCCAGUGCCCAUCGAUGACAGGCACACGCAAGGCCGCUAUAUCUACGAGCCCUCUCCUGUUCCCCCUCUACACGUGCCUCCUGUCCUGGCCGGCAGCCCGGCGUUCUCGGACAUCUCUCUCAUCCGGAUCUCGCCCCACCGGAACCCGUCAGUGGGGGCCGACUCUCCAUUCAACCCGCCCCACCCCUACAUCAACCCCUACAUGGAGUACAUCCGCUCACUGCCCGGCAGUCCCUCACUCUCCAUGAUCUCUGCCGCCAGAGGCCUCAGCCCAGCAGAUGGUCAGUUUCUGUCCCUCACCCCCCACACGGGCCUGACCACAGCGGAGUACUACCACCAGAUGGCGCUACUUGCGGGACACCGGAGCCCGUACGCUGACAUCAUCCCGUCUGUGGCCUCCACGGCUGGAGCAGGAAGCAACGCGCUGCACAUGGACUACCUGCAGGCUGUUGAGAGCUCUCGUUUCUCCAGUCCGCGGGUUCCACAGAGGCCCAGGAAGCGGGCCCUGCCCAUCUCCCCGCUCUCCGACCCCAGCUUUGACCUGCAGACCAUGAUCCGCACCUCCCCCAACUCGCUGGUCACCAUCCUCAACAACUCCCGCUCCAGCUCGUCCACCAGUGGAUCGUAUGGACACUUGUCUGCUGGGGCCAUCAGCCCUGCCCUGAGCUUCGCCUACCCGCCCACCCCGGUGGCACUGCAGAUGCACCAGCAGCUGAUUGGCCGGCAGCCAGGCCUUGUGAGCUCGGCGUUCGGGCACAGCCCGCCCCUCAUCCACCCCUCUCCAGCCUUCGCCACCCAGCGCCCGGUGCCUGGCAUCCCCUCCGCCGGCUUGGCACCCACCGAGAGAUCCGUGGUCUCCAGCGAAGCCCAGAGUAAGCCCACCAGUGAGUCGGCCGUGAGCAGCACAGGAGACCCCAUGCACCACAAGCGCUCCAAACUCAAGCCCGACGAGGACCCGGUCAGCCCAGGAGCGGGCAGCGUCCAGGACCAGCCGGAUGGGAUGACCCUGGUGAAGGAGGAGGGGGACAAGGACGAGGGCAAGCAGGAGCCGGAGGUGGUGUACGAGACCAACUGCCACUGGGAGAGCUGCUGCCGCGAGUUCGACACCCAGGAACAGCUGGUGCACCAUAUUAAUAAUGACCACAUCCAUGGGGAGAAGAAGGAGUUUGUGUGCCGCUGGGAGGAGUGCUCCCGGGAGCAGAAGCCCUUUAAAGCCCAGUACAUGCUGGUAGUCCACAUGAGACGGCACACUGGAGAGAAGCCUCACAAGUGCACCUUUGAGGGCUGCGCUAAAGCCUACUCCCGCUUGGAAAACCUAAAGACACACCUGCGUUCACACACUGGAGAGAAGCCGUACGUGUGUGAGCACGAGGGCUGCAACAAAGCUUUCUCCAACGCCUCAGAUCGUGCCAAACACCAGAACCGCACACACUCCAAUGAGAAACCGUACGUGUGUAAGAUCCCUGGCUGCACUAAGCGCUACACGGACCCCAGCUCGCUACGGAAGCACGUGAAGACCGUGCACGGCCCCGAGGCCCACGUCACCAAGAAGCAGCGCAGCGACGCCUACCCCCGGCCCCCACCUCAGCCUCGGGAGCCGGGCAGCAACGGUCAAGGCCGGUCGCCAGGUCAACCGCCCCUGGGCGGGUUUGCAGACCAAAGGGACUACAACCAUGCUACCUCGAAACAGGACGAAUGUCUGCAGGUCAAGUCCAUCAAGUCAGAGAAGCCCAUGACGUCUCAGUCAAGCCCUGGCGGUCAGUCUGCAUGCGGCGGUGAGCAGUCCCCCGGCGGCGGCCCUCCCGGCCGUGGAGUCCAGCUUGCUGUGAGCGCCGUGCGGCUGCAGGGGGAGGGGGAGCGCGAGGACUACGAGGACGAGGAGGAGGACGACGAGGACGAGGGCGAGCUGGAGGAGGAGGACGAGGACGACCACAUGGACCGCAUGGACCGCGCCCCCAUCAUGGACGCCACGGUCUCCACGGCAACGCUGGCACUGCAGGCCCGACGCAGCGUGGGACGGCCACUCCGCUGGAUGGAGCAGGUGAAGAUGGAGCGGCUCCGGCAGGUGAACCUGCCACACCUGUCCCCCACGCCCCCAGCCAAAGGCCACGGCCUGCCCACCAUCCUGGGGAAGGUGUCGUGUCUGGGCCACGGUGAUUGCCGGCUGGUCCCUCCGCCUCAGGUUCCCGCGUCCACGCGAGCGGAGCCGUGCGGGACGGAGCUGACGGUGCUGAGCCUGCUGGGCGGAGGAGGAGGCGGGGGGCGGCGGGACAGCGGCGGGAGCGCGGCCAGCUCGGCCUACCUGAGCUGCAGCCGGCGCUCGUCGGGCAUCUCGCCCUGCUUCUCCAGCCGGCGCUCCAGCCAGGCCUCGCAGCCCGAGGGGGCCGGGGGCCCGCGCCGCCGCCACAACCUCAGCUCCACCGACUCCUACGACCCCAUCUCCACCGACGCCUCGCGCCGCUCCAGCGAAGCCAGCCACCACGGAGGCGACGGGUCCAGGGGAGGGGGCAUCCUGAACCUGACGCCGGCGCAGCAGUACCACCUGAAGGCCAAGUACGCGGCGGCCACGGGAGGCCCUCCGCCCACGCCGCUGCCCAACAUGGAGCCCAUGAGCCUGCGCGCCCGCAUGGCGCUGAUGGGCGACGCCCAGGACGGGAGCAACCCUCCGCUGCCCCCGCUGGUCCGACCGCGCCGCUGCAGCGACGGGAGCACCAGCGGCGGCUUCGCCCCGCACAACGGCUACCGCCACCGCGGCCUCUACCCGGGAGAGGGCACGGCAGCGUCCACCCGGCGGGCCAGCGACCCCGUCCGGACCGUGCCCGUCCAGGAGCCCUCCGGCCCGCCGCAGAUGCAGCGCUUCAUCAGCCUGAACAACAUGCACUCCCACGGCCUGCCGCCGCUCGCCGCCCAGCACGGCCACCAGGGGGAGCCGCGGCACGCCGCCCUGCACCAGCACACGCGCUCGGAGGGCAACCUGCAGCGCAGCCUGCACUCCCCCUGCCCCCCCCGGAUAGAGGAGCACUCUGCGCUGGAGGACCUGGCCAUGGAGGACGACGGAGCCCUGCUGCUGGGCUACGAGGACAUGCUGCCCGACGACCUGCUGCACUACAUCCGCUCCCAGGAGCAGGAGGCGCUCUACAGGCAGGCGCAGCUCGGCAACCACGGGAGCGGAGACCUUCACCAUCCGCACAGCGCCAACGGAGGUGACGUGGACCUCUUCCAGGUGAACUCACCUGGGCAGCAGCAGCAGCAGAGUGCGGAAGGAGAGGGAGUCGGCGGCGAGGAGCAGCCCAUCCAGUGGAACGAGGUGAGCUCGGGGAGCGCACACCUGUCCCCCACCAGGCAGCAGCAGCAGCCCUGCGGAAGGUGGCCGGAGCGUGGCGUAGUCGGCAGGAGUCCGUUCGGCCAGUUUGGCAACAUGGUGGUGCAGCAGCAGCAGCAGCCACCGCAGCAGCCGCCUCAGCUCCCGGGGGAUGUGUUCGGCCAGCCCAGAGGGCCCCCGGCACCGUCGGCCAACCCCGGCGGCGGCGGCAGCUACCGCUUCCCAGACUGCAGCGUGAGCGCCUCCCGCAGGGCCUCCGCGUCCAGGUUCCCGCAGCUCCAGUCCUGCCAGCUGAACGCCGGCGGCGUCAAGUCGGAGUCCACCAACACGUCCUGCCUGGAGAGCAGGAGGAACAGCUCCACCAGCGUGCCGGCCUUCAGAAGAGCGCCCGACUUCUCCCAGAUCACCCUCGGCCCCAUCCGGCAGAGCUGCGGCCAGCAGCAGCAGCAGCAGCAACAACAACAGCAACAACAACAACAACAGCAGCAGCAGCAGCAGGGACACUUCCAACAAGGUCAGCCCACGGCGCAGCUGGUGGGGAGCAACCUGCUCCUCCAGAGGUCCUCUCAGGAGGCUCUCCCUCACGGGGCACUGCUACGUCCACACCCCCCUGCCAGCCUCCAGCCAAACAGCAGCAACUACAGAGGCUCUGCCCGACCUCAGCCGCAUCUGACCAGUGGUCAUCAUGUCAGCCCCUGCCACCAGCAGCAGCAGCAGCAGCAGCAGCAACACGGCUCCAGAAAUGGCAGCACGGCCCACUGCUCCCUGGCUGGCCACAUCUCUGGACUGAAGAUAGAAGCUCAGGACCAGGCCAGCUCUUGCUGUACAGUGCAACAGCAACAGCAGCAGCAGCGACAAGCAGGAUUCUUCCAGGCAAGUUUUGGAGACUGUAGCGAGGCGUUUGACCCAUCUGAGGCCAAGCCGUUGUCCCUGCUCAGCCCAGCGGAGCGGUGCUUGAUGGAGGCCCAGGCGGUCCAGCCCGACGCUCCCUCGGUCCCUCUCCUGUCCCCCGGCGCGGACCAGGUCACCAGCACGGUGGACGGCAGCCCGUCUUGCGAGGUCCUAGACAGCGUGGGCCUGGACUUCACGCCCAUUCUAGAGGACAACUACGACCAAGGCAGCCUGGUGUCGGACGUCCUCAGCCCCAGCGUGUUCCAGGGCAUGUCGCGCACCUCCUCUCGCCUCACCACCCCUCGCGCUUCCGCCGCCUUCGCCAGCGUGCCCUCCGGCCUCAACAACAUGGCCAUCGGCGACAUGAGCUCACUCCUCUCCACCCUCGCCCAAGAGAGCCGCUUCCUGGCCAUCAUGCAGUAGCUCUCUCUCUCUCUCUCUCUCUCUCUCUCUCUCUCUCUCUCUCUCUCUCUCUCUUUCCCCCCCCGAAGCCCUCUUAUGUGGCCACACAUGAAAGGAAUUGCUUUUAAAAGGUGAAAUUGAAAGGGACGUAAUCUUAUAAAACAAACAUUUUUAAAAAGAAUUAUGUAGAGGGGGGAGGAAAAAGUUGAUGUUUUUUAUUGACUGCUGGUUUACGAAAGGAUGUUAACACCAAGUGUUGGUCGAGCAGAUGUAUUUUCUGUCUAUUCCACAUAGGAGCAGAGUUAUGCCAAACGUACAGUAUAUAAGGAUAUAUAAAUAUAUAUUCCAUUUGUGGAAUGAAGGCUAUUUUUGAAGCCCUUUUAUAAAACUAUCUCUUGAUAAUGAUGAUGGUUGGAGGCCUGGUCUCCCACACAUCACUCUAAAACAGUAUUCUUGUGCGUUGUCUUUAUUUUUCAUUGUAUUUUUUUCUAUUUGUGUUUCUUUUUUUGUUUGUUUACUGUAUAUUUUCCAUUCUUUUUGCUGUACACUGUUGAUAUAAAUGCAUGUUGCUCACAUGGUGAAAUGUACACACUGUCUUUUUAAGUGCGUAGGCUAGCUCAUGUGCCAAUGGAACUUGAGAGAACCAUGAUUUGUAGUACACACAUGGUGCAACCACACUGACUCCAGAACUUUGGCCCCCUGACCCCUCCCCACCAUCAGCAGGUCAAUACAGGGUCGAAUUUCACAACAAGCAGGCGCUUAGGUCACAUUUUGAUACGGUAUUUACAUUUUUUACAUUGUUGUUUUAGUACUUUUUAUGUUUGCGCAAUAUGUAAAAGAUGGUGUUUUUUAGUGAUUAUACAGGUCUCACCAAGUGGUGUGCUUGUGUGUGAGUGUGUAUACUUGAGCAAGUAUUCCAGUAACGUAUUGAGUCCAAAUAUGUAGGACCAUUUCGACGUCAAAGGUACUCUUAGAAUCGUCUUGGUCAAUUGUGUAUUACUUGAUUUAUCACUUUUUUUGUAUGUACUUACAUGUAUAUAUCACUUUUGAUCUUUUUUUUUACAUUGUAAAAAAAAAUAAUGCUUACUAUUUCUGAUAUCAGGACCAUCGGUGUUGUCAAGUUGUACAUGAUCAGAAAUAUCUUUUAGAGACUUUGCGAGAAUGUGCUCUGCGUUGAGCCACAGGGCAGAGCGUAUCAGGACGACGAGCAGGUGAUAUGACUGCACAUCAACAGGGGGCGCUGUCACUGCUGAUGGAGCAGGCGCAACGUGAUUCCAGCCAGGAGUGGGACUUUGGAACAUGAUGUUGAUUUCUUUUUCACCAUUUUUCUUUGUAUUUGUAGUUUAUGAUUUUGCUAUUGUGACAAGCGCGAGACAGAGAGACUGAUGACAGAUUUUAGGAUUACCCCGGUCCUGUUGCUUAAAUAACCUCUGUUAUGGUACUAACAUCCGACAGAUUUCUUUGUAGGCCCGACAUGCUCAGUUUUGUAUACCACGAUGAGAGAUUUAUUAACAGUAUUAUCAUCGGUCUAUAUCUUUUUUGUGUACAGUCGUGAGCACCAUCCUGUAGCAAAUUACUGUAGGUACUGUCUGCCAGAUUGGUUGUGUUCAUUUACAGUAUCGUAGUCUGAGUCAUUUGUUUUGUAGACGUGUAACAGUGUGUCACUCUAUUGUUGUUUUUAAAAAAUGAUAUGACCCACCCCCAAAUGAGAGGUUUUGAGGGUGGGUGUAAGGUAUGUGCCUUAUCUCAACCUGUUCAAAUUAGAUAACAUACAAAAAAAGAGAAACAGAUCACUGCCACUCUUCCAUAGUGAGUUAUCAUAUCAGAAAUGAUAUACUGUAUGCAUUACCUACGUAUUUUCUUUUUCGCUUUUUAAAGCAAGAGUUAAUUGUUCAAAGAUUUUAGGAAAACAGUGGAUUCUGAGUGUGUGCGUGCAUGUGUGUGUGUGUGUGUGUGUGUGUGUGUGUGUGUGUGUGUGUGUGUGGAUUAGUGUGUGUGUGUGUGUGUGGAUUAGUGUGUGUGUGUGUGUGGAUUAGUGUGUGUGUGUGUGUGCUGGGAGAAUAUGAUGAAUACGAUCCAUUUUAUUUGGAAAAUAAGAAAACAUCAACUAAAAACAUUUUAAAAUGUUGUUUAAAAACUUUGAGUUAUCACAUUUCUUGCCUUUUUGAUUUGAUUGUUUUUUAUACUUGUAAAUAUAUAACCAUUCUGUAGGUUUAGCUCAGACUUGAGGAGGCACCAGGGGCCAAAAAAGAGGAAAAGUGAAAAGUGACUGAAAAAAAGAAAUAAAAUAAAAACAAAACAGGGAUUCAGGGCCCAGGUCCGUGUUAAGAAUGGCAAGACAUCAUAGCACAUCCAUAUUGCCAACAGGGCCCUGUUGCUCUUUUCUAACUGACCACAAAUGUUUGUAUGGUUUUAAUAAAAAAGGAAAUUAUAUCUGAAACGUC